CUCUCUCUCAUCUCAUCUCUCUCCCUCUCUCUCUCUCUCUCUCCGCUAUUACGAAACCGUACACAAACCUCUCUCUCUCUCUGUAGAAGUUGUGAAAACGUGUUGCCAACAUUCUGCUCACCUACCUCUCAAUGUCUCUCUCUCUCUUCUAAAAUUUUUAAAUUCUGACUCACCAUUUUCGGCUUAGUCUCUCCAAAACGAACUCUCAUGAGUUUUGCUCUUUGUAGCUCACCACAUUGGGUUUUUUCAGAUUGGUAUAAAUCAUGGCUUUGAAGGCCGUACCAAUCUGGGUUUGUGUCAAUCACAUAAGAACUCAAUUGGGUUUUACAGAUUUGGGGUCGAGGCGUUCUGGGUCUGAUUCGAAUUUGAGGUUUGGGGUCGAUAAGUCUCGGGAAUGGGAGUGUUGUGGAAUGGUGUUGUCUCAGAGGGCAAUAACACCUGUUGAAGAUGAGAAGCCAUUAGCACCUAGAUUUGAUUCACCUGGUGGGGCUGAUCAGACACAGAUCACUGAAUCUAGAGGGUUUCAUAGAGAUUUGAACUCUCUUCCAAGACCCUUAUCUGCAACUGAUCUUUCUUCUUCUACAAGUGAUUGUUCCAAGGUGAGAGUUGCUUAUCAGGGGAUACCAGGUGCAUAUAGUGAGACUGCCGCACUUAAGGCAUACCCCAACUGUGAGACUGUCCCAUGUGACCAGUUUGAGGCUGCAUUUAAGGCAGUUGAAUUGUGGUUAGUGGACAAAGCAGUACUCCCCAUUGAGAAUUCUGUAGGUGGAAGCAUCCACCGUAAUUAUGAUCUACUCCUUCGUCAUAGACUCCAUAUAGUAAGGGAGGUGCAGAUGGUUGUUAACCACUGUCUUUUGGGGUUGCAUGGAGUGAGAAAGGAGGAGCUAAAAUGCGUUUUGAGCCACCCUCAGGCACUUGCUCAAUGUGAGAUGACACUACACAACUUAGGUGUUGUGAAAGUUAAUGCCGAUGAUACAGCUGGUGCUGCUCAGAUUGUUGCAACUGAUGGCAUUAGAGAUACCGGAGCAGUUGCAAGUGCUCGAGCUGCAGAAAUUUAUGGGCUCGACAUUCUUGCAGAAAGAAUACAGGAUGAUUGUGAUAAUAUUACCCGUUUUUUGAUACUUGCAAGAGAACCUAUAAUCCCAGGAACGGAUAGACCUUAUAAGACGAGCAUUGUCUUCACUCUAGAAGAAGGCCCCGGGGUACUUUUCAAAGCUUUGGCUGUGUUUGCUUUGAGGGGCAUUAAUUUGACAAAGAUUGAGAGCCGGCCACAGAAAAAGCAUCCGCUAAGGGUUGUUGAUGAUUCCAACAAAGGCAGUGCAAGGUAUUUUGAUUACCUCUUUUACAUCGACUUUGAAGCUUCUAUGGCAGAACCCCGUGCUCAAUAUGCUCUGGGACAUCUACAGGAAUUUGCAAGAUUCCUUCGGGUCCUUGGUUGCUUUCCCAUGGAUACAGCUCUGUAGAAAAAAAAGGCUUCCUCAAAAUGAGUCUUCAACGUAUAAUUUGAUUUGCCAAGCUGCAUGAAGUUGGAGACGUGUCAUUCUGCUACUCUGUACAUACAUUUGAUCCUGUUGGCGUGUUCAAGUGGUGGAAGAUAAUUUCCGUAUAUCCAGCAAAGUAGCCUCUCAAAUAGAAUGUACUUUCAUCCAUCAAGUUCUUUUCAAAAAAUAAAUUUUUUUUUUUUUUGGCCCACAUUCUUUUCACCUUCCUUCUAAUGGAGGGUGUCUUGGCAUGUUAUGAUCAUCUCUUGAAUUGCUAUACUCUGAAAAUAGCUACAUUCACAAGGGUGUUGAACCCUAGAAGACAACAUAUCAAUGAGAGUUCUCUAAUUAAUAAUGAACAGUUCUUUUUUUCUUUUUGUGACUCGGUGACUUAACUGCACCAAGAUUGUAAACUUGUUUAUUUUACAUCUUCUUCAAACAUAUAAUGUGUAAUUAUGAAAACAUGACAGAUAAAUUUGUUUUAUUGAGUUUCGUUCAA